GGGAGGUUUGCGCGCGUGCGCAGUGGCCGCUAACCGUCACUCCGGGCGUCGCGGACGGUGGCGGUUCGGAGAGGGGCGAGAACCGGGGCGAGAGAGCGCGAGAGGGGGGGAGAGCGCGAGAGAGCCAUGAAUGGAAACGGAUAACGACAGGAGCAGCGGACGGCGAGUGAGUGGCGCUGUCCGAGUCUAGUAGAAACAAGAUGAAUCACACAUGUUCCUUAAGUGCCCCAUUUCCUUGUGGGAACCGAGGAAUAGUGCUGGAUAUGAUUCUCCGCUCUUUGUUAGGAGUAGCCCAGCCUAUCAACUGGGAAAGUGUAGCUAGACUCGUGCCAGGAGUCACAGCCAAACAGUGUGCCAAGAGGUUUGAAGAGCUAAGAAGCAAUGGAAUCAUGCCCCAUAUCUGUGACCCAAACCAAUGUGAAGGGAAUGCUUCACUAGCCACAUAUAUUAAAUCAACUCUGCUGGACACGAAGGGAGAAGCUGAAGAAUCUAGAUUAUCUAUUGUGCAAAAUAACACUAACACAGCAGGGAGAAAUUGUACAGUAGAAGGACAAGACAGCUCCACUGAUAAAGAUGGGCACAAGAAAGAUGAAAACCAUGGGCCCAACAUGGUAAUUCAUGUGUGCGAUGAAGCCAAAAACCUAAAGCGUGAUUAUGUUUGUCCUCGGGACUUACUAAUCAGUGAGAUGAAGUAUUUUGCCGAAUAUCUCUCCGUUGAUUCACAACGCUGGGAAGAAGUAGACAUAUCGGUGCACUGUGACGUUCACAUCUUUGAUUGGCUGAUGAAUUAUGUGAAGAGGAAACUACAUCACCCAGGGCAUAAAGAACGACCAAAACUGGAACCCAGUAAUGUUAUUUCAAUACUCAUUUCGUCAGAAUUUUUGAAAAUGGAUUCCUUGGUUGAAGAGUGCAUACAUUAUUGUCACAACAAUAUGAAUGCCAUUGUAGCUACGUCUUGUAACAUGAAUUGUAUUAAUGGAACCCUGACCACACGUAUUGUUGACCUCUUCACACAUAAUGAAGCUGAUGAAGUGAAGGACCGAAAAGAUAAAUUUAAAAGUAAAAUAUUUUGCAAGAAGAUUGAACGAUUGUUUGAUCCAACGUACAAGGAUCGAGACUCGCCAGGGAGUGCCGAUACAUUGUACAGAUGCAGCCUGUGUAAGAAGCUUCUUACCAAAGAUAAUGAGAUGAUGAUUCCAUGUAUUCCAGGAAAAAUCAAUAUUAAUAAACGUGGAAAUGUACUAUUCUUUCACAUUAGAGAUAAAAGCUGGGACGUGCACACCUACCUGAAUAGUCUCUAUGAAGACUUGAAGUCUUGGCAAGAUGUGUACUGGCGUUUAUGGGGAGUUAUCAAUUGUCUGACCUGCACAAGAUGUAAGAAAGUUUUCUUUUGCACUGAUCUCGCCCAUUGCCAGUAUCAUCUAGAAUCGGCAAUAUACCCUCCUGUAAGCACUGAACUGUCAUCUCCUGGCAUUGGGAUUUACCCUUGCUGCAAGCAGAAAGUCCUACGAUUUGAUCCUACUCAAAUCAGUAAGGGUUGUAAAAUGAGAGACCAUGUGAUCAGUUUGACUGGUCAGGGUGAUAAUGGUAUUCCUUCAUCAGACCCAGGCAAUAAAAUAUUCCAUGAUCUCAUCCAACAUAAAGAUACUAUCUGUGUGCCAUUCUUAAAAACAGAAGAAAGUAAUUCCAAUAUAGAUCUUCCUGAAGAAAAGGAUUUUGAUUUUGAAAUCAUAGUUGAAUCAAAUUUAUGGAAAGGACAGAAAAUUGGUGAUGUUACGACUUUUUCACUUUUGAAAAACUGGAAUUUGCAGUUGAAGCAACAAAUAUUGUAUUCUGAAGAUGAAGAGUAUACCACUGGUUCAGAAGUAACUGAAGAUGAAGUAGGUGAUGAUGAAGAACUGACAAAGAAACGAGGUACAAAAAAGAUUAAGAAAACCAACAAAGCAGCAAAGAAGGCAACACCAUCUCCUACGAAUCAGAAAAAGGAAAAGUCAUCUUUUCGAGAUGUAUCACCUUUCACUGUAACCUAUCAGAAAUCCAAAUGGGAUAGCAGUCGCUCAAUGCGAUUCAACCAGGAUGCACAAAGAGAAGAUGAUCAAAGAAGGCUGGUUGAAAUAAUUGGGUAUCUGACAAAAAACAGGUUUGGAGAAAAAAUUGAACGGAGUAAAGCAAAAGAAAGCAAAGAGUUUGCUGGUGGUAUCUAUUCAAGAUUGGAAGCUCAGUUUAAAGCCUCACAAACAGUAACUACACGACAGAUCAACUCAACACCAAGGUCCAAGUCUCGCUUUGCACAGAUGCGUCCAACAUAGUGGAUUUCAAGAACAAGAAGUGAAUAUUGCCUCGCAUGAUUGCACAAUGAAACAUGCACCAUAACUUCAAUCUGCAUGUUAUAUGCAUCUUUAAAUAUUUAACCAAGUCAUUGGACAAUAUUUUGCAGUAGAAUUUAACAAGUAUACAGUAUCACUUAGAGACGACACUCAACUCUUAGACCUAUUCCAGCUGCCAUCUAUAUGAUCUGCGUCUGUAACGGUUACUCAAACUUAAUCGGUAAAUUUCAAACCUUUUCCAUGGAAUACCUUUCCAGUGUUUAUUCCUGUUUUUUUUAAAAUGUAGUUCAAUGCUUGGCAUGUAAACUGCCAGGAUAGAAACCUUUAAUUUUAACUACUAGCAGCAAAAAGUCUGACCAGUUACAAAGACUACAUUGCUAAUUACAAAAAUACCAUUUUCAAUGGUCGAACCACCAUCUUGCAGCACUCUAGGAAUUUUUGUUUAUUACUUUGAGUGUGAUAACUAAUGUUGCUUUCUACUAAUGUUCCAGAUAUUUGGAAACAAUAGUGGAGACCUGAAACAAAAUGGACACUGAUUUUUGUGAUUUCUGUUUGUAAUUUCAUACCUUAGUUGUUGACCUUUUUUGUGCAGUCUAAAAUUUAUCAGUAAGUUACGACUCACUGGCAAUAAAUUUUGUACUGUAAUUUAUGAAAUACAUUUGUGGAUUUUAAAGCCAUUUCUAGCAUUCUGCACCAACUUGAAAUGAUGAAAUAAAGUUUAUACCGUAUCCCUUUUAAAAGACCUUACUUUUUUUUAAAAAAUGAAUCUCAUAAGUUUUCAAAUUGUUAAUAAGUUUAUAAAAUAAACAUUUCAAUAAUGAUUCUCUUUAUGCAUGUACUUCAAUAUGGAAUUUAUAAAAAUGGUGUGCAUGAUGAACUUUGCACCAAUUUGAUAUAAAGCUAUUUUAAAUUAUGGUCUGGGUAGAUCAAGAAAAGGGAUUCUAGGUCUUGCACACAUUUCCUCAUUUAGAUCGAAGAAACUAAGGUGAAACUGUAACUCACUGAGUACGUUCCCUAGUUUUACACUAUUGGAGAAGCCUGGCUAUGAAGAGUGCCUUCUCAUGGUGUAGUUGACAUACUGUGUGCCAUGUUUGUGUUUAGAAAUAUGGAAUGUGCUUGAAAUUUCUGUACUGAGGUCAACUAAUCCAUCCAAAUAUGAAGAACCAAAUUCCCUCUCACUGAGGAACCAGAUUUACCAUGGUAAAGCCUUCCAGGAUUCACCUGUUUGCUUAUGCUUCUCAGCUCAUUUCAGUGUCAGUCCUAUUGUCUGAACCAGCUAUAAUUAUUUUUGUGAGGAAAUUAAUGUGUUUUUUAGAAAGAAACACAGUUCCAUAUGAAUUGUAACUUUAUUUUAAUACUAGGCAUCCAAAAUCAGUUUACUUUGUCCUUGCAUCAGUGUGUCAUUUUGAAAUUCUUCUGAGCCAAAUUUUUUUUAGUGUUUCUCCUAUCAGAGCAUCUGUUUAUUUUGAAUAGACUCUGCUGUAAGCUGGUGGAAAUAAUACUUUUUUUUUCAACUGUGCCUCAAGUUGCUGUUUUUCCUCUUUUCCUUGAAUUAAAAAGAAAAAUUAAGAUGUUUUUUGACAAUGGGAUUUGUGAUUCCUUUUUGAUACCACAUAAUGUAACAUUAUUAGUUUUCUCCAUUAUCAGCCUGUACACUUCUGUUUAGUCUCCGAUUGCCCAGGUUUCUCCUCCCAUUUGAGGAAAUGUUUUCUCGUUUUAUUGUUGCUGGGUUUUAACAGUUUGCUGAGUUGAACUGGUGCGAUGGACUCAAGCUCUUGCAUUUGGCCUCAGGAUCUUGCUGUAAAUAUAAAUUACGGUAUUUUCUGUAAAGCGCUUUAGUGUCUCGAAGGCGUGAUAAGGACCGAAGGCGCUAUAUCAAAUAAAGCCAUUUUGGGACCAAGGUGCCAAA